UCGAUCGUAGCACUCCGCGGAGUCUCGACGCUCGCGAGAGGACCGGGAGUCUGUCGCUUUUCACGUCCGCUAGGGAGGCGAUCCGACACGGGCUGAAACCAACGGGAUGGACGCCUUCUCCCUGAUGGGUCUUCAAAGCCAGUCCAAGAUGUGACCAUCACAGUGGAUCAUAAUUCAACGUGGCCCAGCAUCAGUUAAAAGCGCAACCAAAAUAUCUUACCAAAAAAAAAAAAAAAAAAAUCCCAUUAUCAGAAUGCAGUCCGCCAGCUGCUCCUCUCAGCCCGCCAAACCGCGACGUUUCGAUAUCAGCAGGCGGACCACAACCCACGCUGGACCAAAGUCUCGUAUUGUCCAGAAGGAGGAUAAGAACAAGAACACCAUCACUUCAUCCUCCCCCAGACAGGUGACUAAAGCUCCUGUCGCUCCCUCCAGGACCAGGCCGGCGGUGCCGCCUCGAGCACCCCUCAGUCAAAGCAGGUUUUCUGCACAGAAACACAACUCCAUUCCCUUCAAAUCAGCUAAGCCCAAACCCAAGAAUGUCCGUACGGUGGCAGCGGCUACCAAAAGCGCACCUCCUCUUUCCCCAACUCCUUCCGUUCUCCCUCUUGACCCCAAUUGCAACGAGCCGAGCCUGCCGUGCUUGUGCUGUGACGGCCGUUCGCCGCAGGACAACAACAGCAUGUUCAACCAUAAUCACAACAACAACAACACUAUUUCUCUCAGGCACCAACUACAGCUUCCUCCUCCGCCUCCGGUUGUGGCGCCCCAGAGGAAAGAUGAGAUGGGGGCCAAGGAGCAGCCUCGGGCUUCCUCUCAAGUGAAGCCGGAGCCUUCUCCCCAACUCGGCCAAGAGAUGUUAGAAAAAGCAGAUCUCGAUGACAAGAAAGAUAUCAAAUCUGAGGAAGAAGAUGAUGAGAGCAGCAGUGGGGACAUUGAUAUUGAUGACGAAGACGACGAUGAUGGCGACCACGAUGACGAGGAUGACGAUGACACCCUGGUGCCUUCGUGCUGCGACUGCCCUCCCUCCCUGCUGGAGUUUUCACUUUCCUCCUCUACCUCAUCCUCCUCCACUUCCAUUAGCUCCUGCUCCGAUCUGGAGUCGGACUGCGCCGAUCAAUACACUCCCCAACACCAAGAGUCUUUGUCGGUGUCAAUCAAAGAGUCUUCUUCCCAAUGUCAGCCGCCUGCACGUUCUCUCCCUUCCUUACCAAUCAGACGCAUUCCCUUCACUUUAACGUCACACACCCCCAUUUCAUCCCCAGAUGAGGGCUAUCCCUCAGCCUUGGACACCCCUUCUCCUGACUACUUGGGAGUCAAACAUGAUCCAGAAGUCGCCAAGAUGGGAUUACUUGACUUCCUGGAAUCAGUCGGGGAAUUUGGGAAAAUGGAGCGUUUCAGUCAGUUGAUCCAAGUGGCCCGUUGGGAUUUGGAGGGCGAGCAGAAUUGGGAUGUCUUGAGGGAUCGCUUGGACCAUCUGGAUCGCCUUGAGAAGGUCAACAGGGAGAUUAAACUGGUUUACAUAGCCAGACUCCAGGAGAAGGGGCUUGAUCUAGGGGAUCUGGAUGAGGAGAACCUUACUGACAUCAUGGAUGAAAUCAGCAACGCCGACAUGGGCUGGAAGCUCUACAAGAGCAGCGGGGUAUUCAUGGGAGAAUCGCAGGAGUUUUCAGACGCCGGCGUGGACCUGACCGCUCCGUCAGACUGUGACGAUCCGCUUGCUCCGGACUCCCUCACCCCUUCCCCCGCGGACCCACCACCUCGCCCCCCGAAGCCUCCGGCCCGUCACGCCAGCGUCAACUCCGACCUCCACACUUACAUCAACAUCAGCCGGGAGACCACCUCCAUGGCUGUCUCCACUUCGCCCACGUUGUCAACUUUCACGCCCAACUCCUCCUCUCCCACAUUCACCACCUUUCGGUGCGAGAAACCUUUGCCCCCAUCUCCGCCAUCCAUCCCUCCCCUCCCCACCUCCAAACCUGUCCCGUACCUCACCCUUUACACCACCUCCUCUCCAUCCAUCCCCACCCCGACUCCUCCCAUUCCUCCACCUCGGAGGCGACACCUGGCCAGGAAGGAGGCCCAACGCCUUGCCGCCCUACAAGCAGAACAGGAAAAGACUCCCCUCUCCUUACCGCCACCUACCACACGCCCACCACCUUUGCCUCCUCCACCAAUUAUCUCCUCCACCGUGUCCCCACCAGGUGUACCCCCACUACUGCCACCAGCACUGCCUCCUCCUCCUUCCUUCCACGCUCUAGAUGUGGAGAUCCGCAAGCUGUUGAUGCUCGCAGGGCUGACCCAAGCUGAGCUCCUCAAACUGAGCCCAGAGCUUGGCGACUGUGUCGGGACGUUGGUGGAGGAAGAUGGAGAGUUCAGAAUACAUGGCGAGGAGAAGGAAUUUGAUUCUGAAUUAAUGGAUAAAGAUCCAUAUAGCAACAGAGGCAGGUUGGCUGGCAAGGGAAGGCCAGCUAUUCCCAGGGAGUGUAAAACAGAGGAGGGCAAAGAGGCCCAGAGAACCACCUCAUUCUCAGAGAUAGCUCGAAGACGGAAGAAGAGCAGCAUUCCGACAACGGAUGCUUAUUACAGUACCACCUUAAGUCACACACAGGACUCUAAAGCAAAAAUAAGCUUCGAGUCCCGCUUUUAUCCAUGUGAGGCGCUAGAGUCACCUCCCCCUCCUCCUCCACCUCGCCCAUUACCACCAAUCCCGCCAAGCGUGCCACCUCUUAAAGUCAGCACCCUCCUGGCUAACUCCACACGACCCGAGCGCUUCGAUUGGCUGAUAGCAUUCACCCCUGACGCCGACGUUCCGUUGCAGCCCGCUCAGUUAAGAAAAUCUCACGUGGAAAUGGUGAAAAAGAGCUCCCCAGUUCCAAAGGUCACCAGUUUCAAAGAGCUGCGUUACCGCAGCAAGAACGGUGCCACUACGACGAAGGUGAUCACCGACCCGGACCCCGACCCCUCGGUCAUCACCCCGGACCCCGACAUACUGUACAACUUGAAAUGGAGACGGGCGAAGGAGGGCAGUGGAGGCAGCCAGUGGGAAUAUACUUCUCAGGCCCAGGCCCUGUUCAUGCAGCCACCGCCAGCCCUCACCUCCAUGGCGGCGCUGAAGGAGAUGCUGCAGAGGGUGGACGAGGAGAGCGGACGAGGCGACAAGAUGGGCUCCUCGCUCAGUGACAGCAGCCUGUGGAUGACCGGCAAAGAGUGGGAGCCUGAAGACAUGCUGAAGAGGGAGGACAAGCGGGAAGAAGAGGAGGCAGAGGUGCGAGGACAGGCCGAUGGCGGGAGGACUCUUGAGUCCAGAACUGCUGCUGUCCGCAGCGUGUCGUUCGCCGGAGCCGCACAGAGAGGCGACGCGCUCUGGAUGGGCGAGGAUGUACCGCAUCCGAUGAUGGGAUACCGCCUGUCCUCUCUGCACCUACUGGAAAAGAGAGCUCUCGUCAGUGCGGUCAGUGUGGCGGUUGAGGCCGUCUUGGCCCAGUUCAGUUCUUCCCGGACGGUAGUUCAGAAGGCGUUAUCAGGAGACAGCACAGUAAAUCCAUCGCUGGGCCGUCAAGUGCUGCAGUGCCUCUGCCCCGCCCUCCACAGCCUGCUGACGGACGGUCUAAAACCCCACCAGAGUGACCUGAUUGCAGGCAGGAGGCCAAAUUCGGCCUGGAGUUUGGUCCUGGCUACAACGCGGCCAGGUCCUAAAACCCAAGCCCUUUUCAAUCUUCAAGUUCGAGUUGGUGAACUUCCUCAGCUGAAACGGAGCAAACACCGCUUCAAUGCCUUCGUCCUCGGAUUACUCAAUUCAAAGCAGCUUGAUUUCUGGGUCUCUCAUCUUCAGUCUAGCAGUGAUGUGUUGGACACAUACUACCGUCCGUCCUCCUUCAUGCGUCUGUCGCUGAGCAGCUGCCAGCCGCUGUUUGAGGAGUUGCUGCUCGUGCUGCAGCCUCUCAGCCUGCUCACCUUCAACCUCGACCUGCUCUUCCAGCACCACCACCUGGAGCCCCACAACCCCGCGCCACAGGCGCGCAGUUCCCGCGUUCAGGACGCGGGUCAGUCGACAAAGGCCACCCGGUCGGAAAAGAGAGGUGGCAGAUACGUGGAAAGCCUCUCAGAGGUAGACUUUACGGGUCCCGGACAUCAAGCAGCCGAAGAGGAUGAAAGUAAUAGUGAUGCAGGGUGGUCACUCAGUCUGGACCACACAAGUCCCCAGCUCCGGUGGGUCCAGGAGCAGAGGAUUGGGGAACUGCCUCCUCCGAACAUAGAGGAGGACAGUCUCGCUCAGCAGGCCGGACAGGUCAUCCAGCAGGGUUGGGGUGCUGUGAUGCGGUGGGGAGGAAGAUUGAGCCAGAACCUGGCCGAGCUCAACCUGGGGGAGACGAGGACCAGUCUGCAGGAUCACCGGGCCCAGAGAGAGAACGACUUGGCCCCAGUUAGUUCUGUCGCCCAGGCGCCCUGGAGUCUGGGUCGCCUCUUUGGCUCUCCUUCUUCUAAAAGCCCCAAUACUCCUGUGGCUCAAGCACCACUGAGCAAGCGUCCCUCGCAGUGGUUGGCUCCCGGUGUCACGGCGCUGACCCGAAUGGUGAGCAGCACUUCGUUCCCAGUUUUAAGGAAGACCCCAGAACCAACGGAAGAGAGCCACACGGUGUCGGAACAUGCGGCUCACACUCCAGAGACGACAGAAAAAACACACAGGUCCGUGCGAACACUGUGCGACCACGCCGGCGGGGGCUCCCAGCUCAGCUUCCGCAAGGGCGAGGAGCUCGCGGUCUUGGGGGGGGUCGACCAAGACUGGAUCCGCUGUCGCCAGGGAGACAGAGAGGGGCUGGUACCGAUUGGCUACACCUCACUCAUCAUGUGACGCCGCAACGGCUGGACUCCAGGAACUAACUCAACAUUCAAAAAUAGAUAUAUAUUCUUGGGCAAAUACUGAGAGGUUCUCGUGAGGUUCCUGUACUCUUAGAGUUCUAUUUCACCGCAAAGCGAGUCAAAUCGUGACUUUUGAAUCAGAUAUCAUGUUAAGCGCCCUUCCUGCAAUGUCCGCUUUCCUCGGCAGCUGCUGAUCUAAUAGCGCUUCGUCACUCGCGGAUCGGCGACCGCCACCCGGUCGACAGCACGGCGGCGGCGGCGGCAGCGGCCACUUUGGGAGUACUGACCCAGAACCUCUUGUUGCGUAUGUGAUCAUGUAGUGAUCUGUAGCUGUGCGUGUAUGUGUUUUAUUGCCCCCCCCCCCAGUUCAUACGUGUUUGAGAUUUUACUGCUGUAUAAAUAUAGAUAUAUAUAAAACAUAUAAAUACAUAUAUAAAUAAUGCCUAUAUAUAUAUAAAGUGAGACUGAUAUUGCAUUAAACACAAAAGCGCAAAUGCAACGCUGUUGCUACAGCGACGAUAAAGGUGGUUCUCGAGUGGUCGUCAUGCAAACAAAGAGGUGUACGUGUUUGAGAUCCGAUAUCUUCCUUCCUGCGUGCGUCACUUAUCGUCUCAAAGUCACAUCAAAACGCAUUUCCGCAUUUCCUCAAAUCGCGGCCUCCGGCCCAAUCGGCGGCAGGCCUCAAUGGAUCGUCGUCGUUCAGCCAUUUUCUCCAGCGCUUGUCCUCAUUAGGGCCACGGGUGACUUGGAGCCCGUCAAUCCUGGCUGAAUUUGGGCGAGAGAGGCUUUUGGAAUAGUUGCCAGCCAUCCUCAUCAACACAAAAAACAGCAUUUUUUUCCAAGUUAUCCAACAAAUUGAUGUGAUUCAAAAUCAGAAACUCUAACAAUACGAUUGUAAAGCAGCUACGCACAGCUUCCUUUUUCCUCAUUGACAAGCGCAAAGGCCUCUUCCGCCAAAUGCAGGACGAGUACUUUCUGCAGUUGAGCUUCCGGCUGCCCUUUGAGGAAAUUCAAUAUGAUUGUCACACAGUUAUUAAGGCCAACUCAUUUCCUACUUGUUCCAUCUGGCAUGGGCUCAUUAAUCUUUACUCUGUCACUAUCUGAAGUGAAUGCAGCAGGCUACCCCCCCCCCCCACUGGUUUGUUGGCUUAAGCAUCCACUUUUAACCCGUGAAGCUGCCAUUGUCAGGCGUCCCCGUCAUCAAUAUUAGCUACAGUGGUCAUGCGAGUAGAAAGUGCUCAUGAUGUGGUGGCGGUGAAUUUUGUUCAUACACAGCACUUUGCUUUGCCUGUUUCCAUUUUAGUAAUUCUUUUCAUUUUUGGAGCUUGGCGAGGUACGAAAUGUGGUUAAUACGCAAUGUACAGUAGAGCUGUUUACUUAGCUAGAAAGUCAUCGGUUGCCUCCUGUGCAGGGAGCAAUCGUUUCAUUUCAGGUUUAAAAAAUAAAUCAAUAAAAAGAGAUGGAGUGAAAUGUUUUAUUUAUAUCUCGUACUGAUCCAAUCAGGGAACACUUUUGUUUUGGUGGCAAAUGGCAGUGUAGCAGUAUUGUCACCAUGGCAACAGUAGCAUUAAGUGAGACCGGUGCUCCUAACUGACGACUCAUCUUGCCGCCGUCAAAUGGGCAACUUGGCAAGAAAUAAAGGUGUCUAGCUCGACGGAUUCUCAUUUUUGGGGCAUUAUCCCAACGUAAGGUCAUGACCGCCAAUGCAUUCGUUUGCACGAUAUUUAUUUAUUGGAUGUACUGUUUGUUGCGCUUUCUGAGUGGUAUUGCUGGGUUCUGAAAGGUGUGAGGCCUCGUGGCAGGGAAAGCUCAUCCUGGACUUUUCACUUGAGCAAGUGGGAGUGUAACAACGGGUAGUAGUUGGUAGCUUCCUCCUCCUCUUUGUCGUCUCUGGUGUCAUGUAGCCUGUAGAGCUGCCCUGUGGCCAGUUAUUAUGAUUGCUGCAUAAUGGUGUCCCCGUCACUGUACACUUCCUGCAUGUGCUUGUUUGUAAAUACACCAAAUAAAACCAGUGUCAGUAUG